GCUGUGUCAUCUGCAAUUGACUCUUCAAUCACGUUCGAUACCCCUACAAAAUUGUAAACAUGACAAAAGGACGCGUUUGUUUGGCUUACUCUGGCGGCCUCGACACGUCAACAAUUCUGCGAUGGCUCAUUGAGGAAGGAUAUGAGGUCGUGUGCUUCCUCGCCAAUGUAGGCCAGGAAGAGCCCUGGGACGAGGUCGAGAAGAAGGCACUCAAGAUUGGUGCGCUGAAGAUGAUCAUCCUCGACCUACAGAAGGAAUUCGUCGAGGAGCUCUGCUUCCGUGCCGUACAGUGCAAUGCCUCAUACGAGGGCCGCUACCUACUCGGAACCAGUCUGGCUCGUCCAGUCAUCGCUCGCGCACAGAUCCGCGUCGCACAACAAGAGGGCUGCCAGUUCGUUUCGCACGGCUGUACGGGCAAGGGCAACGAUCAGGUUCGAUUCGAGCUUGCUUUCUACACGCUCCAGCCAAGCAUCAAGGUCAUUGCGCCUUGGAGGCUGCCUGAGUUCUGCGAGCGCUUCAAGGGCAGGCAGGACCUGUUGGAUUAUGCGGAGAAGCAUGACAUUCCUGUCACGUCGACCAAGGCGAAGCCGUGGAGCAUGGAUGCCAAUUUGGCCCAUUGCAGCUACGAAGCAGGUAUCCUCGAGGACCCCGAUCAGUCCCCUCCCGAUGACAUGUGGACCAUGACACAGUCUCCUCUCUCCGCACCUGACGAGCCCACGGACAUCACCGUCUACUUCGAGCAAGGCAUCCCUGUCAAGGUCGUCACGCCCGAAAAGACCUACACCGACAGCGUUGAGCUCUUUACUGCGCUCAACAAGCUCGGCUUCACUCAUGGAAUUGGUCGCAUCGACAUUGUCGAGAACCGCUUCAUCGGCCUCAAGUCCCGUGGCUGCUACGACUCGCCCGCCAUGACAAUACUUCGCCUUGCGCAUUUGGACAUCGAAGGAUUGGUCAUGGACGCCCAGGUCCGCAACUUGCGCGAUCAGUUCGUGAGUCACAACUGGAGCUACCAGCUGUACAACGGCAUGUACUUUAGCCCUGAGCGCGAGUUCAUUGAGAACAGCUUGGUCUUCAGCCAGCGCCGUGUGAACGGCGAGGUACGGAUGAAGCUCUACAAGGGCAAUGCCUAUGUCCUCGGUCGCUCAAGUAAGACGGAGAAGUUGUACUCGGAGGAGGAGGCGUCCAUGGAUACUCUCGACAACUUCAGCCCAAUGGAUACUACCGGUUUCAUUGCCAUCCAGAGCAUCAGACUGAAGAAGUAUGGCCUCCAGAAGGCGGAAGAGGGCGCCAACAUGAGCCGUGCGUAGAAUGGUGUACUGGCAACGAAUCAUGAUUAGACGCGAUAUUGAAGGAUGUGGAAUCUCAAAAGACUUAAAUGCCUGCUUUGCAUGCUUCUCUUUCUGAUGAGUACUUUUCCGCAAAGGAGAAUUGACAAAAUGGGAAUUGCGAAGCUAAGCGGAUAUAUAAAGUCGGCAGCACAGUGCGCACAUUACGCUAGAACAACCGUAGAACAUAUUUGAUUCCCAGCGGCCAAUAAUGAUCCUGUCAAGCACACCGUUGGAUAUUGACUCUCGUAGUGCAAGUCUUAGACGGUGCUUACUGGAAAUUGGCCCGUGCUACUGAUAGUCCCC